AUGGCGUCGUCGCGGCGUCCUCCCGCGAGCUCGAUCGCGCGCGCGUUCGCGUUCACGAGCUCGACGUCGACCUCGGACGAAUCGAUUCGAGAGGCGAACGAGACUUUGAACGAGGCGUUCGGGACGUCCGCGUCGACGUCGACGACGACGCCGGCGUCCGUCGCGACGCCGUCGACGUCGCGAUCGUUCGCGACGCUCACGCACGUGGACGCGCGAACGGGGAAGGCGACGAUGGUGAAUGUUGGCGCGAAGGCGACGACGGCGCGGGAAGCCGUCGCCUCGGCGCGCGUGUACCUGGGCGCCGACGCGUUCGCGCUCGUGCGAGAUAACGGAGUGAAGAAGGGUGACGUUCUCGCCGUCGCUCGUCUCGCGGGGAUCAUGGGCGCGAAGCGAACGCACGAUUUGAUUCCACUCUGUCACGCCGUCGCUCUCGAUUCCGUGAGUGUCGACUUGACGCUCGCGAAAGACGAGCACGCCAUCGACAUUCGAGCCACGGCGCACUGCAGUGGAAAGACCGGAGUGGAAAUGGAGGCACUCACCGCAGCCGCGGUGAGUGGGCUGACUAUUUACGACAUGUGCAAGGCGGUGUCCAAGGACAUCGUGAUAGGAGACGUACGACUAGAGAAGAAGACGGGUGGGAAAUCUGGCGCUUGGUCUCGCGCGUUGUCGUAA